AUGAACCAAGGGUUAAUUCUAUUGAUAGUAGCAGUGCUACUAACAACACUUACUAAUGCAUACGAUUCUCUAUCUGCUGUUCGAAUCGAUAAUGGUUGUCCAAAUACAGGAGUGAGGAUGUGUCAAUAUGUAACAUGUGCUAAUGGAGGUGAAUGUCAAGAGACUGAUACUCCUAGAUGUUUUACAUGCAAUUGUAGAGUAGGAUUCGUCGGUGAAACGUGUGAAACAAAACAAGAAAUUAAGAAUACAACAAACCUUUGUGAGUUUCAACCUUGUCAACAUGGUGGUAGCUGUUAUCCUAUUAAUAAUAAUGAUUUUGUAUGUCAGUGUUCUCCGUCUACUACCGGACGUUAUUGUGAACAAAUAGUGAAGAAAAAUUCUUGUGAUUCACGGCCCUGUUUAAAUGGCGGUACAUGUAUUAUCAAGAAUAAUACUUUUGAAUGCAUCUGUCCUUCUCAAAAUACUGGACAUCAAUGUGAAAUAAAUCAACUAACAUCAGAUGUAUGCAGUACUACUACUUGCUUCAAUGGAGGAAUCUGUCACGCCUCUGGAAAUCGGACUUAUUGUUAUUGUUCUUCUGGAACUACUGGACGUUACUGUGAAGAUACAUUACCGUUGAAUCCAUGUCUAUCAUCGCCAUGUUAUUCUGGUGGUACCUGUAUUCCUAGUAAUGAUACUUUUAAAUGUCUAUGUUCAACAUAUAACACAGGAAAAUUUUGUGAAAACUUCAGUUCCUCGCAUCCAUGCGCUUCGGCACCAUGUCUCAACAAUGCGCAUUGCUUUGGUGUGAAUCAUAAUACUGAUUUUUACUGUUACUGUGGCUAUGAUAGAGCAGGCCGUUUUUGUGAGAUAGAAAUGACAUACAAGCCAUGUCAAUAUUCACCAUGUCGUAAUGGUGGUAGUUGCAUUUCUAUGAAUGAUACCUUUCGUUGUGAGUGUCCUCCAAGAACGACGGGAUAUUACUGUGAGUUAAAUGAAGAAUUAGACUUAUGUAGCUUAUCACCUUGUCUUAAUGGUGGUACAUGUUAUAAAAUUUCACAAGACCAAAUCGAAUGUCGUUGUCCUUCUAACACUAACGGAUAUUAUUGUGAAGAAGUUUCAGAAGAAUUUAAUCUAUGUUACAAUCAACCUUGUAUGAAUGGUGGUACGUGUAUUGCAAGUAAUGGCAGUUUUCGAUGUAUUUGUCCUCCAUAUAAAACUGGACAUCUAUGUCAAGCAAAUCAAACUGUAACAAAUGCAUGCCGUUCUUCACCUUGUUUGAAUAGUGGUACUUGUCUUCAACUGAAUGAUUCGUAUACCUGUCUUUGUACCAGUAACUUUAGUGGUAGUAAUUGUGAAAGAAUUAAUGAAUCGCAAGAAUGUAAAUUAGAUUGUAGACCUGGCGUUUGUAUACCUACCAAUAAUGUACAAAAUCCAUAUGCAUGUCUAUGCAAUGGUACACUUAAUUUUAACAAUUGCUCUGGUAAUUAG